UUGUCCCAAAUCAUGAAGCUACAAUGUAUCUUCUUGAGCAGUUAUAGUACAUGGUGUGACAAAAGUUGCUCCUACAGUCACCAUACAGAGAAAAAAAUGGAAAUUGUAGCACUAUGUACUUUUGUUUACAGCAAAAUUUUAUAAUACAUUUACAAACUAUUUUCUAUGUUUGCCACCUCUUUACAAAAUUUGGUAAUGAGUAUUUUGUAAAGGUAUAGCUAGCUAUGAUUUUCAAUUUUUCCUAUGUAUGGUGACUUUGGGGACAACCUGUAGAUUUUUACAAACUACCUCUAUUUCAGGCGUCCUUAAACUUUUUAAACAGAGGGCCAAUUCAGUGUCCCCAAGACCGUUGGAGGGCUGGACUAUAGUUAAAUAUAUAUGUAUAUGAACAAAUCUCUAUGCACACUGCACAUAUCUUAUUUUGCAGUAAAAAAACAAAACAGGAACAAAUACAAUCACACCGCCUCAUGUGUCCCAUGGGCUGCAGUGUGAGGACCCCUGCGAGUGCCAGCCAUUCUCUCUCUGUCUUUCAAUUAUCCUGAUAUCUUUACACCUAAAAUUGAUCAGAGACUAUGAGGCCCAGAGAUCAACCUGGAGCACAGAUAAGCAUUGAGUACACCUGAGAAUGCCCGCAUUCCCACUCUUCUAUUUCUGUAAUUCUCAUGAAUGUACACAUGGGACUACCUGCAUCCCCACGUGUGCAAGAGACACUGCUGCCUUCUCUGACCUCUGGAACCUUUAAAGUGCUAGAAAUCUAUGUCGUGCUUCAAAAUUGUGAUUGGUGAUCUUCCUUGAACCAAAGAUAUGUUGGUUUUUAAAAAGUGUCGAGGCUCUGUACCUGUAACUCAGUGGCUAGGGCACCAGCCACACCGGAUCUGGCAGGAACAAACUCAGCCCAGGACUGCCAAAGAACAAUGACAACUACAAACAAAAAAAGAGCCGGGCAUUGUGGUAGGCGCCUGUGAUCCCAGCUACUUGGAAGUCUCAGGCAAGAGAAUUGCUUACACUCAAGAAUUUGAGGCUGCUGUGAGCUGUGACACUACGUUACUGCACUGAGUGUGACAAAGUGAGACUCUCAAAAAAAAGUGUUGAGCAGAAGUGUCUCUGCUGUGUUUGCUAUCUCUAGGUGAGUGCCGCUGUAGUCUAGAAGUAGUAACAGCAGCAAUAGGGGGAUUAGUAAAGAAGCUACUUCAUAGACUCACUGAAAACCUGUAAUUUUUUUUUUUUUUUUUUGGUAGAGUCGGAGUUUCACUUUAUCAUCCUCGGUAGAGUGCCGUGGCAUCACACAGCUCAAGCAACCUCCAACUUCUGGGCUUAGGCGAUUCUCUUGCCUCAGCCUCCCAAGUAGCUGGAACCACAGGCACCGCCCAAUGCCAGGCUAUUUUUUGUUGCAGUUUGCCUGGGGCCGGGUUUGAAUGCACAAGCCUUGGUAAAUGGGGCCAGCGCCCUACCCACUGAGCCACAGGCGCUGCCUUUUUUUUUUUUUUUUAGAUACAGAGUCUCAUUCUGUUGGCCUCAGUACCGUGCUGUGCCAUCACAGCUCACAGCAACCUCCGGCUCUUGGGCUUAGGCGAUUCUCUUGCUUCAGCCUCCCAAGUAGCUGGAACUACAGGUGCCCGCCAGAAUGCUGGGAUAUUUUUUGUUGCAGUUUGGCUGGGGCCGGGUUUGAACCCACCACCCUCAGCAUAUGGGGCCGGCACCCUACUCACUGAGCCACAGACCCUGCCCCCAAACCUGCAAAAUGUUAAGCAAACCCAAGGUUGACUGUUCAUUUGUGAAAAGGUAGAGUCACAAUGCAAGAGUUGGUGGAUGAGAAAGCAGUUUUUUCAAGAGCAACAUAAGGAGAUGGCUGACUUAUGUUGGAAAGACCGCCUGAUGUUCCUCAGCUGACCAGAAGGUGGUGAAAGGGGAAAGGAGUGUGGGAAACUACAUGUAGGAGCUUUCUUUUCUUUUCUUUCUUUCUUUUUUUUUUUUUUGAGACAGUCUCCCUCUUUUUUUUUUUUUUUUUUUUAUCAGUUUUUGGCUGGGGCCGGGUUUGAACCCACCAACUCUGGCAUUUGGGGCCAGCACCCUACUCCACUGAGCCACAGGUGCCACCCGGAGCUUUCUAUGUGUGGGUCUCCAUGUCUCAUGGAAAAGGUUUCUAGCCAUCUGGCAGUCUGGCUGACUGCCAGAUGAUAUAGAUCAAAACAGAAAUGGGGGUUAACUGCUCACUAUUUUUCUUGAUGAGGAGUUCUGAAAUCUUGGUUCUAUAGUUAAUGGCUCAAAAUCAUUCCUGAAAUUCUUGUUUUUAAAUUCUGUUUUGGAGACAGAAUCUGACUUUGUCAUCCACCGUAGGUUGCCAUGGCAUCAUAGCUCAUAGCAACCUCAAGCUCCUGGGCUCAAGCCAUCCUCUUGCCUCAACCUUUGAAUGAGCUGGGGUCUCCAGGUGUGAGCCAUGGGGCCAGGCUUCUUCUUGAAAUUCUUAAACAAGGACAUAAACAAGUACUGUUAAUAAAAUGUGAUUAUUUGCUUGAAGAUAGAGUAACUGCUGCUGUUGCAGAAUCACAUACUCAGAAUGGGCAUAAUGUGAAAAAACUUAUAUGCAUAUUAAAGCCUGAGAGGUGAUGCUUAGCUAAAUGUUUCUCAUCCCAGGCUUCCAGUUAAGAUUCCGUGGCCAGUUUGAAGAAGUACCAUCUCUGUCAUUUUGCCUGCACACUCAUUCUAUUAGUCUGGGUUGUGUCAUCAGUGUGGUUUUAAUUAAGUGUCCCCAUGUGAUGCUAAGGUUAGGCCAGUAUCAAGCAUGAGGGUUUCCAUAUCUAUUUAAGACAGCUGAGUUUAUUUAUUUAUGUAUUUUUUCAGAAAGAGGUUACAGGUCACAUAUUCCCAUUCGCAUGGCAGAAAUUGCUGGCAAGGGAGGGCACUGGAGGCCAAGAAAUAAGAAAUGCACACUUUGGUCUUUAUGUGGAAUCUCCUUCUUCCUGACUUUCUCUGUGAUAAAGAACAAGGAAGGGUGAAUUUUUUUCUGUACUUAGUGGUCUCUCUGACUGUGGAUGUGGUAGCAGGUGAAGGGGUUGCGCUGAUGCCUUUGUUGCAGAAAGAUGAGGCCCAACAGAGAGAAAGAGCACCCACACGCCACGUUUAUAAGAGGAAGGGCUUUAUUCACCAGCCGGUAGCUUACGGCAUAGAAUUCCAAAUGGCUGCGCUCCCCGACUGCCUUGGUCUUUCCCUUUUUAUUGACAGUCAAAAAGUUCCACCCCACAGGUACCCUUCUCAUUGGCCAGUUUGAAUGAAGCGGGAGAUGCUAUUCCAGCCCCUAUAGAACUACAGGAUUUCACGGAACUUGGAAAUUUCAAAGUUCCAGGAAGUUAAGUUUACAAAUUCCCAAGAGCUUAGUCACCAUAGAGAGGACCCUGCAGGUGUAUCCUUGUGGUCUUCUUGAGAAGAUCUGUUCUUCCAGACCUCACCCUUAUCAGUUAUCUUCUCUCGCCUUUAAAGCCGAGAUAAAAGGCAGUGCCUGUGGCUCAGCCAGUAGGGCGCCGGUCCCAAAUGCCGGAGGUGGCGGGUUCAAACCCAGCCGCGGCCAAAAAAAAAAAAAAAAAAGCCGAGAUAAAGCCGAUAAAGAUAUUGUCAAGAUCCAGGUGGAAUGUAUCCAGAUAAUCUCAUGUGAGAAGGAAAUCAAGGGAAGGAGGAGGAGGAAAUGAUUGCUUCUCAGGUAAAUGUGUCCAAGGUCCAGGGCUGUGCCCACUUUUGCUCCUGCAAUAUCAUGUUCUUAGAAUUUGCAAGCCUUUACUUCUCUACUUGUGAUGUUCCUGCCUAAUGAGUUUGUUUCAAAUACUCUUUUAACUAUUUCUUAUUGCCAAGAGCAAUAAGAGUAUGUGAUUCUGCAACAGCAGCGGUUAUUCUAUCUUCAGUUGCCAAGAGGUCUGAGAAAUCCUUCUCCCCUACCUAUACAGCAGAGUCUUCUCUCCAUUCUGUCCAUCAAGGCUUCCCAAGUGCCCUGCAAAAUUCCCAGUGUAAAUUCAUGUUCUGCAAAAAUAAAAAUGUGUUCUGCAAUACUGCAAAUGUUCCUUUUGUGCCUUUUGAAAAUGGAACAAUGUGGAUACUCAAGGUUCUCCAUUGUGUAUGAGGUCGGAUCCUUGGAUAUUAGCAGAGAAGGAGAAUAUGUUUUGUUUAGCUUCCAUGUGGAAGCUCCAUCAGUUCUACAUAGAAUGAGAUGAAGCACGUGCACUUUUACAGAAGACGGCAUUAACUGCCUAAAGUAACUCAAUGUUCUGAAAAACAGAAUCAUUCGAAAAAUGCUUUCUAGAAUGCUUAGAAAGACAUGUUUAAAGACACGAUUGGAGAUUAGAAAACAUUCCAGAUAUCUAUAACUCGAGCUUUGCCAAAACUGUUUUUUUUUAAACUAGCUUUUAUCAGAUUAUGAUGUACUUUUUCUUGCCAGUACUAUCACAGCAGUGAUGCGUUUGCGUUUGUGAAUCAGCACCUGAUACUUAUUUGUCCUGUUACAGUUGAGGUUAACUUUAUUCACUCAGUUAUGGUGCUCUUUGACACAUAUUCCAUUGUAGAGUUCAGUAUAUCUUCUAUAUUAUUUAUUUAUUUAUUUAUUUAUUUUUGUAGAGACAGAGUCUCACUGUACCGCCCUCCGGUAGAGUGCCGUGGCGUCACAUGGCUCACAGCAACCUCUAACUCUUGGGCUUACGUGAUUCUCUUGCCUCAGCCUCCCGAGCAUAUCUUCUAUAUUAUUAAUAAGUACUUUGGGGAGAUUUAUCAACUAAUGUGCACAAACCAAAACAUCUAUUGAUGUGCCUCUUUCUUUUUAGAUUCUCUUUCAUACCUUGCUUUGGAAAGUAAAGGUUGUCAUCUUUGUUUACUGGUUCAGAAAUCAACUGGGGAAAUCCAGAAAUCCAGUUCAUUGUAUGUUUCACAUAAUAUUAUGCUGGAAUAAAAGCAUUAGCAUUUUUGUUGAGCUUGUUGAAAAUUUAAAAAUGGAAUCUUCACCACAUAUCUUGAGAACAGAAAUUUGCAUUUUAUCAAGAUCUCCAGUUCUUUCUUGUUCAUGUUAAAAUUUUAGAGGUUCCAUUUCACUCACCAUGACUUUUUCAUGUAAAAAACAUACACAACUUAUACUGUAUGUUGUAAACAAGGCAGAAAGAUACACAUCCCAGCAUAUUUCUACUCUUGUCAACCAACAGGGUCUAGGGUCUACACUCGUUUUGUGCAUGUUGUGCCCUCCACUUUCUUCAUUUAGAGAACACAUGAGGAAAUUUAUCUCUUCGAUUUCUUCUAUACUCCCCUUAUUACAUAAUUCCAGUCACUCAUAUAAGUCAGCAACAGUUCUCUUGGCUCAUUCAAUUAAAAGUGAAGUUUAAACUCCGCUUGGCUUCUUGGUAAAUAUGUUUGUUUUUCAGGGAAUGUUCACAUUCAAGGACGUGUCUAUAGAGUUCUCUAUGGAUGAGUGGGCCUGCCUGGACCCUACUCAGCACACUUUGUAUCGGGACGUCAUGUUGGAAAACUACAGACACCUGGUCUUCCUAGGUCUUGCUGUCUCUAAGCCAGACCUCAUCACCUGUCUGGAGCAAAGCAAAGAACCCUGGAUGGUGAAGACUCACCAGACAGUAGUCAAGCACCCAGAUGUAUCUAAUCAUUCUACCCAAGACCAUUUCCAAGAGCUGGGCACAAAUAUAUUAUACCCAGAGAUAACACUGAGAAGAUAUCAAAGCUGUGGCCUGGAGAAUUUAAACUUAACAAAAGACUGGGAAAGUGUUUAUGAAUGUACUCAGCAGAAAGUAUGUUACAGUGGAUGUGACCAAUGUUUAACAGCUAGCCAUGGCAAAGUCUGCCAAUGUAGUAAAUAUACGAGAGUCUUUAGACAUUUGUCAAAUCUAAAUAGACAUAAGAUGAUAUAUACCACAGAGAAAACUUUUCAGUAUAAAAAGUAUGGGAAAGCCUAUAACCACUGCUCACACAUUACUAAAUGUAAGAUAAUGCAUACUGGAGAAAAACAGUACAAAUGUAAAGAAGGUGGCAAAGUCUUUAAAUUUUGCUCAAGCCUAUCUAACCAUAAGAAACUCCACCCUGGGGAGAAACUGUAUAAGUUUAAAAAUUAUGGGGAAUGUCUUAGGCACAGAUCAAAAUAUUAUAACCAUAAGAGUAUUAAUACUGGAAGAAAAGCCUACAACUAUAAAGAAUGUGAUGAACUUACCAAUCAGUACUCACAUCUUUCUGCACAUGAAAGAAUUUAUUCUGGAGAGAAACCCUACAAAUGUCAAGAAUGUGGCAAAGCCUUUAAGUGGUACUCAAUCCUUUCUGUACAUCAAAGAAUUCAUUCUGGAGAGAAACGCUACAAAUGUCAAGAAUGUGGCAAAGCCUUUAAGUGGUACUCAAUCCUUUCUGUACAUCAAAGAAUUCAUUCUGGAGAGAAACCCUACAAAUGUCAAGAAUGUGGCAAAGCCUUUAACCGGUGCUCAAACCUUUCUGUACAUCAAAGAAGUCACUCGGGAGAAAAACCUUACAAAUGUGAAGAAUGUGGCAAAGCCUUUAAGCAGUACCCAAAUCUUUCUAAACAUAAAAGAAUUCAUUCUCGAGAGAAAACCUACAAAUGUCAAGAAUGUAGCAAAGCCUUUAACUGGCACUCAAUCCUUUCUGUACAUCAAAGAAUUCAUUCUGGAGAGAAACCCUUCAAAUGUGAAGAAUGUGGCAAAGCCUUUAAGCAGUACCCAAGUAUUUCUACACAUAAAAGAAUUCAUUCAGGAGAGAAACCCUACAAAUGUCAAGAAUGUGGCAAAGCCUUUAAUGAUAUUUCAACCCUUACUAAACAUCAAAGAAUUCAUUCCGGGGAGAAACCCUACAAAUGUGAAGAAUGUGGCAAAGCCUUUAACCGGCACUCAAACCUUUCUGUACAUCAAAGAAUUCACUCGGGAGAAAAAUCCUACAAAUGUGAAGAAUGUGGCAAAGCCUUUAAGCAGUACUCAAGUCUUUGUAGACAUAAAGGAAUUCAUUCUGGAGAGAAACCCUACAAAUGUCAAGAAUGUGGCAAAGCCUUUAAGUGGUACUCAAUCCUUUCUGUACAUCAAAGAAUUCAUUCUGGAGAGAAACCCUACAAAUGUCAAGAAUGUGGCAAAGCCUUUAACUGGCACUCAAACCUUUCUGUACAUCAAAGAAGUCACUCGGGAGAAAACCCUUACAAAUGUGAAGAAUGUGGCAAAGCCUUUAAGCAGUACCGAAGUCUUUCUAGACAUAAAAGAAUUCAUUCUGGAGAGAAACCCUACAAAUGUCAAGAAUGUGGCAAAGCCUUUAAUGAUAAUUCAACCCUUACUAGACAUCAAAGAAUUCAUUCUGGGGAGAAACCCUACAAAUGUCAAGAAUGUGGCAAAGCCUUUAAUGAUAAUUCAACCCUUACUAGACAUCAAAGAAUUCAUUCUGGGGAGAAACCCUACAAAUGUCAAGAAUGUGGCAAAGCCUUUAAUGAUAAUUCAACCCUUACUAAACAUCUAAGAAUUCAUUCUGGGGAGAAACCCUACAAAUGUCAAGAAUGUGGCAAAGCCUUUACGCAGCACUCCAUCCUUUCUCAACAUCAAAGAAUUCAUUCUGGAGAGAAACCCUACAAAUGUCAAGAAUGUGGCAAAGCCUUUAAGCAGCACUCCAUCCUUUCUCAACAUCAAAGAAUUCAUUCUGGAGAGAAACCCUUCAAAUGUCAAGAAUGUGGCAAAGCCUUUAAGCGGUACCCAAAUCUUUCUAAACAUAAAAGAAUUCAUUCUGGAGAGAAACCCUACAAAUGUCAAGAAUGUGGCAAAGCCUUUAAGCAGUACCCAAGUCUUUCUAGACAUAAAAGAAUUCAUUCUGGAGAGAAACCCUACAAAUGUGAAGAAUGUGGCAAAGCCUUUACUCUGCGUUCAUCCCUUUCUGUACAUAGAAGAAUUCAUUCUGGAGAGAAACCCUACAAAUGUCAAGAAUGUGGCAAAGCCUUUAAUGGUAAUUCAACCCUUACUAAACAUCAAAGAAUUCAUUCUGGGGAGAAACCCUACAAAUGUGAAGAAUGUGGCAAAGCCUUUACUCUGCGUUCAUCCCUUUCUGUACAUAGAAGAAUUCAUUCUGGAGAGAAACCCUACAAAUGUGAAGAAUGUGGAAAAGCCUUUAUCUGUUUCUCAAAACUUUCUGUACAUAGAAGAAUUCAUUCUGGAGAGAAACCCUACAAAUGUGAAGAAUGUGGAAAAGCCUUUAUCUGUUACUCAAAACUUUCUGUACAUAGAAGAAUUCAUUCUGGAGAGAAACACUACAAAUGUGAAGAAUGUGGCAAAGCCUUUAAACAGCACUCAGAACUUUCUGCACAUCGAAGAAUUCAUUCGCGAGAAAAACCCUACAAAUGUGAAGAAUGUGGCAAAGCCUUUAAGCAGUACCCAGGUCUUUCUACACAUAAAAGAAUUCAUUCUGGAGAGAAACCCUACAAAUGUGAAGAAUGUGGCAAAGCCUUUAACGGGCACUCACACCUUUCUGUGCACCAAAGAAUUCAUUCUGGAGAGAAACCUUACAAAUGUGAAGAAUGUGGCAAAGCCUUUAAGCAGUACCCAAGUCUUUCUCAACAUAAAAGAAUUCAUUCUGGAGAGAAACCCUACAAAUGUGAAGAAUGUGGCAAAGCCUUUAUCUGUUACUCAAAACUUUCUGUACAUAGAAGAAUUCAUUCUGGAGAGAAACCCUACAAAUGUCAAGAAUGUGGCAAAGCCUUUAACCAGCACUCACACCUUUCUGUGCACCAAAGAAUUCAUUCUGGAGAGAAACCUUACAAAUGUGAAGAAUGUGGCAAAGCCUUUAAGCAGUACCCAACUCUUUCUCAACAUAAAAGAAUUCAUUCUGGAGAGAAACCCUACAAAUGUGAAGAAUGUGGCAAAGCCUUUACUCUGCGUUCAUCCCUUUCUGUACAUAGAAGAAUUCAUUCUGGAGAGAAACCUUACAAAUGUGAAGAAUGUGGCAAAGCCUUUAAGCAGUACCCAAGUCUUUCUCAACAUAAAAGAAUUCAUUCUGGAGAGAAACCCUACAAAUGUGAAGAAUGUGGCAAAGCCUUUACUCUGCGUUCAUCCCUUUCUGUACAUAGAAGAAUUCAUUCUGGAGAGAAACCCUACAAAUGUGAAGAAUGUGGAAAAGCCUUUAUCUCUUACUCAAAACUUUCUGUACAUAGAAGAAUUCAUUCUGGAGAGAAACCCUACAAAUGUCAAGAAUGUGGCAAAGCCUUUAAUGAUAUUACAACCCUUACUAAACAUCAAAGAAUUCAUUCUGGGGAGAAACCCUACAAAUGUGAAGAAUGUGGCAAAGCCUUUAAUGAUAAUUCAACCCUUACUAAACAUCAAAGAAUUCAUUCUGGGGAGAAACCCUACAAAUGUGAAGAAUGUGGCAAAGCCUUUAAACAGCACUCACACCUUUCUGAACAUCAAAGAAUUCACUCGGGAGAAAAAUCCUACAAAUGUGAAGAAUGUGGCAAAGCCUUUAAGCAGUACCCAAGUCUUUCUCAACAUAAAAGAAUUCAUGCUGGAUAGAAACCCUACAAAUGUCAAGAAUGUGGCAAAGCCUUUAACCGGCACUCAAUCCUUUCUCAACAUCAAAGAAUUCAUUCUGGAGAGAAACCCUACAAAUGUGAAGAAUGUGGCAAAGCCUUUAAGCAGUACCCAAGUCUU